GCUAAUCUUCUAGUGUAAGAUUCAGGAAAAAAAGGCUGUAUGACUCUGAUAUCAUUGUAAACAUUUAAAUAAAGAGUUUAAAUAAGGAUUCUGUUUAUCAUAAGUCUGUAUUGAGGAGGUCUGUGGUAUUUAUACAGUUAAGGGGUGCCAAAAUUUUGAGAAUCCCUGCCACAGAAAAUAAGUAAACUCAUGUAAGUAAGUAGAAAGGCAGAAAAGUAGGUAUAAGAAUAUUUAUUGCCGCCUGGAGGUUUACAAAGAGCUCAGGAAAAACUCUAAGCACCAAAAUCCUAAACUCUGAACACAUGCUAUGCCCAGGUUUAUGUUUAGUUUAGGUGAACGCGCACUCUUUUAGGCCCUCUUUGCUUUCCGUAGUCGCAGUCGGUUGCGUAGCAACGCCUGGCAACAAGUAGAAGUUUUGGAAACGGAACGUGUUGGAAGCAGAUCAUCUGAGAAAUGGCUGUGCCUUUCUCGAACGCCACCCUGAGAGUUCCUCAUGGGUUUGGGAACAUCCUAGAGGGACUCGCCAGAGAGGUGCUGAGAGAUCAACCUGAAGACAUCCCUGCCUUCGCUGCACAAUACUUUACAGCACUUCUCAAGAAAAGAGAGGAAAGUGGCCUUGAUCCAGCUAAAUGGGGUGCACUGAUGGAGCACAGGUUCUCCAACGAUGACGCUUUCAAGGACGCAGUAAACCAGGAAAACUGCAGCCCAGGCAAAGAAACUGGAAGCUCUGUAAACGAAGACAGAGUUUUUCAAGCUGAUUCAUAUGAAAAUAAAGAAGACAAAAUUACCCAGCCAACUCAGAACUCCUCCCCUUCACCUGAGACCCUUGAUGACUCUAAAGACAUUGUAGAGCCGGAACUACAAGCAAACAAUGAGCUAAAUAAAUCAGAAGACGAAUCAGGAGAGACUGAUUCUGAACUUAAUCCGGGGUUUUCAUACAGGGGAACUGCAGAUGUUGACAUAUGUGCUGAAGAGCUGAAUACAAUGGAAAAGGUUGAGAAGCAAAUGCUAGACAAUGUACAGGAGCCUGCCAGUGUUGAUGAAGAAAAUGAGACAGCAGAAGAAGAGCUCGAUCCUGUAACCCUGUCAUCAUAUCGUGGUCUCGCAGAUGUAGAUGUGUGCUCUGAAGAACUGCAGUCUACUUUGCAGGAAGAGGAGCACACUGAGGGCAGCGGAGACGUGACUGAUGCAGGUUUUAUUCCACCUUCAGAAAGCCCAGACCCUGUCCUAGUCAAGCAAGAUGUCCUAGAUACCCAUGACGAAUUCACUCCUUCUGGUACUGAGACUUCAGUAUAUGUUGAACAGGAUGUUGGUGAAGAAUUAAAUGACAUUUCUUAUAAUGAAAAAACGAUUACUUUCCCUGUCAAAGAGGACGAAAUAGGAGAAACUGGUCAUCUUUCUGAGGAUAUCAGAGAAAUGACUAAUACUUUGUUUGAUGAUGCAGGGCCAGAAAUUUGUAAUGCUGAGCAACUACUUCUAAACGAAGGAGCAGAAAGUAUCAGUGUGUCAGAAGAGGCAAAAACUUUUGAUGAAACAAAUACAGAUGAAAUACCACUGGGGGUUGAAAACCAGCAAGCAAAUGACAUUUUGGCAGCUGAAGCUAUGAGUGAAUCAUCAUUCAUUCUGGAAAAAGCCAGUCUAGCAGACAGGAGCAACGAAGAUAGACCAGGAAUGGAGGAUUUUGCGAAUGUAUCAUCUGAAGUUGAGGAGGAAAAUAAUGAUUGUGAAAGUGUCACUGAUGUCCAUGCUGCCAGUGAUGAAAGAGAUCCUCAGACUGAUAUGCAGGAAGAUGAGACAAAUGAUGAUAAACAGACUGACCCCCAUGAUAUAUUUGAAACGAUCCCUGUGGAUGAUAUGGAAGGCCUGGUGGACAGUAACCUUAAUCCCGCUGGCUUUUCAGCUGAGGACGUGAGCAGUGACACUAGAACAUCUCAGCAGGAUGUAGAUGAAGUCGAGGAUACCAGUGAAAUUGAUAAAGGAAAUAAUGGUGUGAAUGCACCUGAGACACAGGAAGACAAUUUGUUUUACAGUAUAUUCACUCAUAAAUCUAAAGGAACUCUUCCUGUUCCUACAUCUGAGGAAACUGAGCAGGACAUGGAGGUCACCUAUAAACAAUCUGCUACAGAUUCACAAGAGCAUACAGAGGAACCUGAGACAGCUAUAGAUUAUGCAGAGUCUGAACAUCAAGAAGACAUGAUCCAUGAGCCCAUACUUGAAAGUGAGAACAAGGAGGUGGACCAACAGGAGGAGAGCAGCCAGCCACAGGAAGAAGAGGACAUCAUGGACAUCCCCUUGGAUGACCCAGAGGCCAACAAGGCAGCCGCCAAGAUCCAGGCAGGUUUCCGCGGCCACAUGACCCGGAAGAAGUUGAAACCCGGUGAUAAGCCCGGGGAGGAGGUGAGCAGCACUGGUGAGACGCUCAACGGAAGCCAGGGGGACGCAGGGGGAUCCGAAGGAGUAGAGACAGAUGAGACGUCCGUGCCAGAGCAGUGAGGAUUCUUCACUCUGGGGACAGCAGUUCCUGGAGAUGUACCUUUUUAUGUAAAGACAAGCUGUAGUUGUAGGUUGGAUCUCUCAUCUGAAAUAUGAUCGCUCAUUCUUUAUAAUUCAGUCUCUCUCUACCUAUUACUCUUUUUUUCUCUUUUUCUCUUUUUUUCCUGCUUCUUAUCCAGUCUAAGGGGAAUAACUGUCCCAAACCAGCAUGCAUUUGCAUCUCACUGGGCAUGAACUUGGUGCACUUGUACUCUUCCUGAUUGUGUGCUAGUCCAAAUGUUGGUGUGAAAGCGACAAGGAAUGCCCGUAAGAGUUUUAACAUGUACUGCUCGACUCAGAUAUAUUUUAGACUUGAAAUUAUGUAUCACAGCUGUCUUUUGUAUUUGCUAUUUGCUUGAAAGUUUGCCUCAUCGUGGUGGUUAUUAUGUAUUAUGCAUUACGUUUAAAUACUUUAGGAUUUUUUUGUGUGUAUAAUUUAUUGGAUGCUACUCUAUAUUUAUGGCUCUUAUUAAUCUGCUUUAACUUAUGAUAAUCUGUUAAAUGUUUGCUUUGCUCCCUUUAAUAUUUAUCUUCUUAGUCUGUAGAAUCAGAUAAAAAAUCAGAGCUUCCAAAACAGCAGUUAGCAUGGCUGGCCUUCUGUUCUUUCUUCCUUUUUUUAAAUAAUCAAAGUUGCUGUAUUUCAAGGAGUUUAAGAAUUUUGAUUUGACUAGGAAUGUAUGUUUUAUUAAUGGCUAUAAAGAUCACCUUGCAUGUUCACAAUGGAAUGAUGCAUCAGCAGUAAACUGAAUAAAAAGCUCUGAAAUGUA